AAAACCGAUGUGGCGUUUUUUUUUUCUUCGAUCGUCUUCCGCAAUCGCUUUCAUCCUGUUCUUCCCGUGGACGGUUUUUGGGUGUUUGUGGCAGGGAAAGAAUGGGUGUAUGAUUACAGGGGAGUGUCACCCUGCGUUCGGUGGGGGUUGAAGAGUGAGAAGAAGAAAAAAAAUGGGAAUAUUCCGAUUUACGGUACAUGAAGUGAUGGUGUGUUCGGGGGGGUGUGAAAACGAGUGAGAUGAUGUGGGUAGCAGUGAAUGUGUCAUGAACGGAGCCACAUCUGACAUGGGACAACAUCUUUUGCCGCUCCCUUCUGCUCGUCGGAUACGAAGGAAGGAAGAGAAAAAAAAUGCAGUUCUAUUCUACCCCAAGUACCCCGUGUGGUUUAUGCCGAACGAACAAACGGAAGUCAUUCCUGGAUUCAAUCGAUCAAAUUGGAGCCAAGUAGCAUCGGCUCUUGAACUUUGAACAUAGCAGCCGUGAACGGAGCGCAUAAAGAGUUGUGUGCAGAAUGCAACCAAAGAUCGCAUGGUGGAGGUUGCAGCUCCAAUCGUAUAGCAACCGCUGCUGCUUGUACAUCGCUCGCACAUCCUCGGGGUGUGUAUGUGUGUGGAACCUCCCUAAGGGCCCGAACACAGACACAAACUUGGGCCGUCUAGUUCGAACUCGCGAGGAAGCGAAUUUACACGCCUUUGUGUUAUUUUCCUUUCUUUUUGCCCUCGAUUGUUCGCUCAAUUUCACGGUUGACACCGUGGCGCUAUCUCUUCGUGGAGGGCGGGUGAAGCAAGGUGGUGCUCAGCAGCGAGGAUCCGUCAUCGUUGAUUGUGAGCUGUAGAGGAAAGAGUGAAAUCGGUGUGUUGACCGGCACCGGAAAGGAAGCAGUAACCUUCGCCCGCUGCUCCCGGUGGAAGAUGAACACGUAGGCGAACAGUUGCACGUGUAAAACCAUUACCGAGUGACCAUAUACACGGUUGGUGUGUUGGAACGUACAAAAAAAAGUAAUAUUGAUGUGCCCCACGCAGGCAGAAACGUUACGACCGGGUGAAAUAUUUGCAUGACAAGUGAGCAAUUCCGCAUUCACUCAGCUCACGCAGCGUAGCGGCUACUCACAAAACGAGUCACGCGUGAGAAGUGGUAGAACACUUGUUUUCUCUCGCAAGCCUGCCGUUGUUGCGUUUUGCGUGCGUGUGUAUGUACGUGUUCUAGGGCGUACGUGUGCGCAAAAGUGUAGUCUUUUUUUUAUGUAUCAGUGUGUUCGAAUGUCAUUAUGCGUGCAUUAGAGUGAAGGGGCACAGAGUAGUUUGGAGUUGAUGAGCACGAGUGUGGAUCAAAUUUAAAAGCCGGAUAAAAGUGUGUUUUUUUUCCUUAUGAAUCACAAUUGUUGGUGAAUUUUUGUUUUUCGUCCAAGAAAACGCCUACUACGCUACUCAUAUCCUUUUUUCUUCGGUUCUUGUCAAAUAUCACGUGUCUAGUAUAUACGGCAAGCAGUGGUGUGAGACCCGAGUAAAGCUUUGUGAAACGAGUGCACCGUGUGUCCAUAGUUGGAAUCAUUUUAUUUUGCUUCUCCGGUGAAUGGUGGACAUGUCAUGAGAAUUAAUCGUAUCGAAGAUAGAAUGGAUGACAACAGUUCGCUCGGUCACCAGAACGGUGGCGGAAGUGCAGUUGGCCAGCUGGGUGGUAUCGGCGGCGGUGCGGGCAGCGGCCAGGGCGGUGGAACCGGCGGGCUUGGUGACAUGUCCAACAGUGGUGCUGGCAGCGGGUUGGUAGGCAAGGGUGGUGCGGCCGGCGGCGGUAUGUCCGGUGCCGGAAACUGCGACGAUCAGAACAACAAAACGCCGACCCAGUACUCGAUCCCCGGCAUACUACACUUCAUACAGCACGAAUGGGCACGGUUCGAGCUGGAACGAUCGCAAUGGGAUGUGGAUCGGGCAGAACUGCAGGCAAAAAUUGCUGUCCUGGUAGGCGAACGGAAGGGUCAGGAAUCCCUCAAAUCCGAUCUGAUCCGGCGCAUUAAGAUGCUAGAGUAUGCACUUAAACAGGAACGUGCUAAAUUUCACCGACUAAAGUACGGCGUCGAUCCACCAAUGAACGAUAUCAAACCGCCAACGGAUGAGCCGGGUAUUGGAACAGAAGUAGCUCCCGAUCCGGAGGUACCUUACAGUUCCGUGUCAAACAUUACCUGGCGGCAGGGUAGACAGCUGUUGCGUCAGUAUUUGCAGGAAAUUGGCUAUACCGAUACAAUUCUAGAUAUACGCUCGAACCGGGUACGCUCGCUGCUAGGGUUGAACAAUAACAGCGAGCAGGAGGAAAACGUCAACCCGAACGUAAACGGUGGGACGGAAUCGAACAAGCGGGCCAGCGAAUCGCAAGGACGCCGAACGCCGGCUAAAAAACCAUCUUCUGUAACUGAAGCGAUGAUAUUGGAUUCGGAAGCGGCGGUCAUCGCGAACUUCGAGUUCCUGGCCCGGGAGGACGUGGAGAUGUCCGAUGACGAUGAUGUGUCGGACGAGAUAGACGUCGUCGGGGACAGCGACGAGACGGACAUGAAAACGACCAAACGGAAAGCCAAAGGAAACACUUUGAAUGAUGAUAUGGAUGCAGAAGCGGAUGAAGUAAUCAAUGAAUUGAAUCCAUUAACAGAAGGUGAGGAUGUUAUUAUGGAGGACAGUAACAAAAUCGAUGUCACCGGAGAUGAUCUUUACGUUGGAUACAAUAAAGCAGGAAUGCCACGCCAUCCGACGAUACCGGGCAUAGGCAAUGAUGAGGAAGUGGAUUCGUCACUCGGCGAGCUGGCUCAGCUGACGGUAAACAACGAGACGGAGUCGGCGUACGACGUUUCCAACUCGAAGGAGCCAUACCGCAAGACGUGGAACGCCAAGUACACGCUCCGUUCGCACUUUGACGGUGUGCGGGCGCUGGCAUUCCACCCGCAGGAACCGGUCCUGAUAACUGCCUCUGAGGACCACACACUGAAGCUGUGGAAUCUACAGAAAACUGUGCCAGCGAAAAAGUCUGCUAGUCUCGAUGUGGAACCUCUGUACACGUUCCGCUCGCAUAACGGUCCGGUGCUGUGUCUCGCAAUGUCAGCCACCGGCGAGCAGUGCUAUUCCGGUGGGCUAGACGGUGCGAUCAACUGCUGGAAUCUGCCGAGCUCCAACAUCGAUCCGUACGAUAGCUACGAUCCGGAGGUGAUGCGUUGCACAAUCGAUGGGCACACGGAUGCCGUCUGGGGAUUGGCGGUGAACCAUGCGAAGAACACGCUCGUGUCAUGCUCGGCGGACGGUACCGUAAAGUUGUGGUCACCGUCGGGUAAGAUCCCAACCAACAGUACCACCUUCUCGUCCGAAACGGAGGGUAUACCGACGUCGGUGGACUUCGUGAAGGAUCAGAUUGAUCGUAUCGUGGUGGCGUACAGCAGCACACACUGCAUCAUCUACGAUACGGAGACGGGCAAGCAGGUGGUGAAACUAGAGGCCAGCCAGGAGAUGACCGGCAAUCUCGGCAAACACAUCAACAAGGUGAUCAGCCAUCCGACGCUGCCGGUCACCAUAACGGCGCACGAGGAUCGGCACAUCCGAUUCUGGGACAAUGGUACCGGUUCGCUAGUGCAUUCGAUGGUUGCCCAUCUGGACGCGGUCACCAGUCUGGCCAUCGAUGCCCACGGACUGUACCUGCUAUCCGGCUCGCACGACUGCUCGAUCCGACUGUGGCACAUGGACAACAAGACGUGCGUACAGGAAAUUACAGCGCAUCGGAAAAAGUUCGACGAAAGCAUACUGGACGUCGCCUUUCAUCCCUCGAAACCGUUCAUUGCCAGUGCUGGCGCUGACGCCAUAGCGAAGGUGUUCGUUUAAUAUUCUCACCGCGUAACACGUAAGCGCUCGUAUGUUAGUGUGUGUGUGUGUAUGUGUGCGUACGCGAGGUUGUUAGCGAAGCAGGGCGGUGAAAUGAUUGGCGUUUCGUCAAGAACUCCGUAAGACUAGCGCGCCGUUAUCAGUGCGGUCACAUAAGUUUGUGUAUGUUUAGUUUUUAAAUCAUAAUUCUGCUGUAGCUAUACACUGACAAAUGUUUGUUUUAUCCCAACUGACGAUCGAAUCAAGCAAAACACUAACGCCUGUAACAACGAUAUAUGAACACAAGAGUAUAUAAGUGUGGUUUCACGUUGUUAAAUAGCAUCGAAAUGUAUCGGAAGCAGAAUAUGGAAAAAAAAGUUGAGCAUCGAACGGUUUGAGGAUCAGGAUGAUGGUGUCACGGGCAAUUGAUUGACAAGCGGACACACGUAAGCUGCGUCUAGCAAUUAAAAAAUUGGAAGCAAGAAAGGAAAGGUAAUAGUGGUUCGAGAGGAGUAAUGCUAGUAAACAAAACAUUUAGCCAUUUUUAAACAAUUGUCCAGAAAAUCGCCACAUCAUCAAAUGUGCUUUUUUUCUGUUUGUAAAAGUAAAUCCUUAUCUUUCUCUGUUUAUACCUAUAGCUUGUUAGGCUGGAUAUUUUUUUGAUGGCAAUAAUAUUACCCUUCAGCUGCAUUCCGGUAGUGUUCUCUUGUCUUUCCGUACAUUUCUUAAUACUUGGGCGUUUCAGUCGCUGCAAAAGAAAGACUCAUUUAUCCAAUAUGAAGAUCUAACACUGGAUCAUAAAUAACACGAUCACUAACUGGCUUUCUUGCAGUAUAUGAGAAGCAGUAACCUCGGAUGUUUCUUUCAAAAGUGGUUACCGUUGUUUGACGAUGGUCUCUUUCUCUUCAUGGUGUAACGAACCUAUUAGGCCAUAUGCCAUACCAUUUCGGACCUACUAGAGUUACCUUUAACAAGUAACUCCAUUAGUCAGGACUUGCUAGGGAGGUUCUUGCUAUGGGAAUUUGAUGCCGGUCCUGUCGUGUGAAACCGGCGCCGUUAUUUUCUACACUACUGGCCCUCUUGUUGGAAGAUUGUAUGAAAUUCAUUUGACAUACUGGAGUGGCUGUACAGAACUUGGAUCGCAAUCAGAGAAACGGAUACAGACUGAGAGAUGAUCGAUGCUGGGAAUAAGUAAAAUAUUGACAGUCCCAGUAUUCACAUACUAUCCUUAAGCCGUGACUCUUAUGGUUAAAGUUAUGUCUGUUUUUUCUGAAUUAAUUGUCUAUCGUUCUUCAUUGAGCUGUGCACGUCGUUACAAAUCGUUACUGAACGUUACUGACGGUUUUAGUAGUUUCGGUGCUAUUGCUUCUUGGUUGAAUUUUCUUUAUGGACAAUCCUUUUUGUGGAUUAGUUCAGUAAGGUUUGACUGCAUCUCUCUUUUUCUCCCUGUCUGUUGUAAUCGCUUCGUUGAGUGUCUCACGUGGUAACCUUUCAGCCAGCACACACAUACACACGGAAAGAACACAAGCUACACAAAAAAGAAACAUACAUACAACGUGAAAAAACAGCAAUAAACAAUCGAUAAUGAGUACUGUGUGCAGAAAGGUUAGGAACAUGAAGGCAUAUACAUGAAGGCCAACGCAACCUGCCCCUCAUGCGCAACCGACAAAGUCAAACGGAACCUACGCGUAUUCGUAGUUCCCGAAUCGUCUCAUAUGAUUAUUAAUUUGAUCAGCACAUAAAUCGGUAAAAUUGUCAUUUGUGCCCCAUUUCAUAGAACCAAUGUAAGUUGGCUUUUUAUCUUAUGUGUUUCCAUUGUUUUGUUUUUUUUUAAUUUGACAAAACCUGAACACUGAAACUGGCAACAUCGACCGUUCAAUGUAAACGCAAGUAAGAACAAAUUUUUGUUAAUUUUCCUAUGUUUCUGGUUUCGAUGCAAAGCUACAGUUGAAACUACACACUUUCCGAAGAAAACAUACACACUUUCAUGCAAGCGAAUAUUAGAUUAAACAAAAUAUAGUAAAACAAAACACAACAAAUGAUAAAUCAAAGGGGGUCAUAAUACGCAGGAUAAUGAACAGUACCGGUGCCGGAAUCGUAAAAGUAGGAAACGUUUGAUAUAAUGCACCAAGGAAAAGAGUAAAAAGAUAACAGCCCCUUACCCAGUACAACCACGGCAUGAAAGGAGGAUCGUAAGAAAAGUUUCAACACAACAAAUGAAGCGUACAUGGAUAAUCUUUGCACUAGAAGGUGUUAGAAUAACGUAUAAAGGCAAAGUUAAACCACAGGUGCAGGCACUGCAAAAUGCUGAUUGAUUUGAUAUUUGGUUCGAUACAGGCUAAGAAAGAUGGAAACACGAGAUACUGAACCGUAUAUAUUUGAAGAAGAAGAAAAAACACACACAAACACACACGACACGUUUAAGAAGAAGAAAAAAAUGCUCCUGCUCUCAUCGUGUUAUUGCGUGCUUGCAAGAUAUUCAUUAGCGAAUCGCUGACAAAAGUCCUAACAGAAGAUUUAAUCUUUACCCAUUAGGCAUAACGGAUCGGAAUGUGCGUUAGAUAUAUAUACAUAUAAAUAUAACAUAGAGACAUGCAAGUACAUCAUAUUGAGCAGAUAAUAUCCCUUGAUCAUAUAGAUAUGCUGAUCGAAGGUAAAAAACAAACAAACAUGCGUCUACUUACAAAACGCUCCACCCCACACGGUUGCCCGAUUGGUGUAAUAUCUGCACAUCAUCCGUUUCCCGAAUUCGAGCAACAAGGAAAAACAAAAAUGGAACCUAGCAAAACGACACACAUUAACAACAAAAGCACGGUAUAUGAUAAUAUUAGUAAUGAGAGCCCUGCAAAUGGCAUCGAGAUCAGAUGUACAAGCGAUCGGCAGAUCAACAAACGGAUAACCGGAUAAAGGCACGAUCGUAGUCGUGUGUUGGUGUGUAGGAGCAAUUAAAACACACAUCGCUAGAGAGCGAUCGCGCGCGGUUGAAGGUAAUACGACGAACAAAUGUAAUGUCGCGCGAACAUACAUACGAUAUGAUAUGAAAAUUGUAUUUAUUUUACUCAACUCUCCUCCCCUUCCCCGCCCCCUCCCCAACACACACAUGCAAAGAAAACGGAAAUAUGUUGUUAAAGAUUUUGAUUUAUUAAUAAAGUGUAGAGUAAUUAUGAUUUCAAUCGUUCGUCCAUUGCUUUACUCUCGGAUAAGGGAGGGAUUUUUCUUUUGCUUUGUAACUUUUUUUUUCGUUUCAACUUACUUUUAUUUUCUUACUUUUAGCUGAAUGAAAACAAAAAUGUGUCGCUUUUGGUUGAAACUUUCUCUACUCAAGCGGGAAAACACAAAUCCAUAUUCAGCGCUGGCCGUUGAAAUCUCUAGAGCACAUACACACAUAUGCACACACACUUACCCAGCGUGGAGAAAGUAAUUUUCAGACAAACGUGGGACGGCAACAAAUUUGCGAUCCGAAUGAGAAACGCUGAAACGUUUCAUAUUUGCUACAAAUAAGUCUAAAACCUCCACGUGUUUAUGUUAGCAGUGUGUGUGUAGGUGUAGAGGCUCUUACUAGCUGCACAGAAUGCACCGAAAACACAAUAACCAACUUAACCAAUGCCUGAGAAGCGAGAAGGCGCUUACGCAAAUCGUCCGAAAACUUUGCUGUUCCGAGAAGAAGAUGUGGGCUGACUAGCACUAGGAUAGUGAUCAUUAACAGCGAUCGUACACACUAAUAGCAAUACAGAUUUUAUAUUAAACCGCGUAUCCGCAAGCAAGCAGCAAGCAUGGACGUUAACAAAAAUGGAGCAGGAAGAAAAUAAAGUAAUACACGCCUUGCACGGACGCCUGCAAGCCGACACAAGGAUUAGAUGCAGUAAUAGUGUGUAGCCUAGAAAGAGAGAAACUAACAAUAGGAAAUAGUUUGCAUACUUUAACUAUGCAAAACACUAAAAAAAAUCUUGCUUCAGUGCCCAACUUUCAUACACCCCAGUACUGGCCAAUGAACUAUGGUUUCUAUGUUUAUGAAUAAAAAGGAAACACAAGAAUCACCCUUGCCAGCUAGGAAUCGCUUCCGGACAAAGCUAGAAGCUUAUUCUUCACUCGAAGCAUCAUGUUCUGUAAUUCUCCUAUCUAAUUAGCCAUCGGAUAAAAGACAGAAUCUUAGAGAGCGAGAUAUACGUCGAAUUUGCUGCCUUUUGGGUUUCUUUUUUCCUUUACACUCUACUACUAUUUGCUAUCAAACGAUAAAUCGAAUGGAUCGUGUUUGCGAAACGGAUAAAACAAGCAACAUAAAAUCAAUUGUAAGAAAAACAGGACGAAGGAAAGGUUCUGCUGUGUUUGUAGAUACGGAAAAAUGUAAUGAAACGAACGAGCAAAGCCUCCAUAUAAGGCCCCAGUGCAUUGUGCAAUGGUACAUAAACACCUAGCAGCAGAACAAACGAAGGAAACAAACAAAAGGAAGGAAGCUCUAAAUAUAAACAACUCGUAAUCGAAAUGUAGCAUUUCAAAGAAUAGUAAUAGAAAUAGAAAUAGUGAAUAAAGAACAAAACAAAAUGGAAAAACACGUUCUUGAAGCAACACGGAACAAUAAUACGCGCUAGAACAGACACCUAAUUAAUGCUCUUCUGUUUGCCAGCCAAACCAUAAAAUGGUGGUGGAGAUGAAAAGCAAUAGACCCGUUUUAUGUUGAUGCUAAAUGUGCUUACUUUUUUUUGUACGCUUUACAUAUAGAUACACCGGGAAACAAAAAAAAAGAAGGACAAAAACACCUUUUUCAGGCAAAGCAAAUUUUGUAGGUCUUAAGCAUUAAUAAAAUGUUUUGAUUUGUUUUAGACAUGCAAACCGCUAAUCCACUUUGGACAAACACUUUGGAAUCAGAAUUACUCGUUGAAAAACACACAAAAAAAACACAGAAACAGAACAUAGCAGCAACAGUAUGUGUGUGUGACUAUUCACGCACUUCCUUCACUUCCUUCACAAGUCGUAAUGAUAAUAAGUAGUUAUAAAACAAAACCAAGCAAAAAAAAAAACGUUUGAUAUGAAUAAAAUUCAAUGGAUCGCAGAAUUGUAGUUUAUUUUAAUAACGUACCAAUAAAGCAUAGAAAUCCAGUAAAAUUACCCCCACGUGUGCAAAGAUCACCGAACCGCACGUGCACGCGGGUGACAGGUUGAAUGAAUGCAAUAGAAGAAACCGACCAGAAUGAGAUCCCGUUUUAAAUUGAGCAAAAGCAUGUAGUAAAACAUCAUUAUUAGCAAAUGAGACGAUGAAACAAUAGCAACAUGCAUCGGUAUGCUGCGUAAAGCAGUCCUGUACAUUGAACCUGGAACGGAUGCUUUUCGCCUAGUACGAAAUCAAUCCAGGGGGCAACAAACAGUGUAUAACAAAAUACACACUAUCGGACCACAUAAGUUUGUCGCUCGUAUGCAAAAUUAUUCCUAUUAUCCUAUACCCGCAAAGGGUACAAAUAAACCUACAAAAGUUUCCACUAAGUGCAACACUAGUAACGACGCAAAGCGGAAGAAGGGAAAACAGAAUCACUCAUCAUAAGUAGCAAACUCUGUCUCACUAUCGAAGCGCAAUAUUUAGCAAUGAAAUUUAAAACGACUCAUACUCAUCUCACUAUAGCAAGAUAAACACACACACACGACAAGAAAAAAACACCCACAUGAUAGGGCGCAUCCUAGCAAAAACCAAAUAGUGUUAAUUGUCCUGCAAAGCACGUACAUAAAGCGAUAAGCAGGAGCAGAGGGAAGUAAAAACAGGAUGAAAUAAUGCAACAACAAAAAAAGAAACAAAAUAUGGACAAAUAAAAAACAAAAUGUAGCAAAAGCAAAGAAACACCGCCAUAUGGUCGAGAUAUAGGGCGUAAAUGCUGUGUAAAAUUGCUGAAUUAGAAAGGGAGAAAGAGAGAGUUGCUGAUCACUUGUUCGGGUUUUGUCCUCGAUCGUUUGCUAAUUAGUAAUUGGUUUAUACAACCAGGCCACACAGUUUAUGAGAGUAAAAGCCGAAAAACCAAAAAAGGACUACAAAGGAUCAUUAAAGGCAACAAACACUUCACACGCGCAUACCGGAAGGCAAAGUGGAUCAUUGUGUUUUACCUGUAAUAUAUUGUAUUUAAACGAAACAUGUACUAAUAAAUUGAGUAAUGAUAAACGUAUAAAAAGAAACAACAACAACAACAAGAAAAAAAAGAAAGGAAACAAAACCAACAAAGUAGUGGAAAAGUAGCAGUUAAUCUUAAACGGUAAACGAACAACAAAUGAAAAGAGAGGAAAAUGUUGCGAAUAACAAAUAUGCUAGCGAUACGUUCGAAAAAAACAAAGGAAAAAUGAAAUGAUGUAAACAAGCUAACAAAACGAUAGAGAGAAACCAUGCAAUAAAGCGCCCCGAUCGAUGUGAUGUAAUUGAAGGCGGGCAAGAGAAAAACGCCUGCCCCUGUGGUAGCAAACAAAAGUAAGACGAUCAAUUUCACUUUACAUUCACUCCACUGGAACACUGCAAAAUGGAACAUGCCCAACAAAAAGGGGAAAAAGGGGGAAAACUCACUAAACCAAACCAAGAAAACACACAAUAGAACGAAUAGUAGUAGUACAUAUACAUACAUCGUAUCAAUGCCGUAUUGAGAGGGAACGUUUUUUUUCUUUUGUUUUGUUUCGGAAGCUUUUCCGAAGGAGUGAAAGCUAGAAACGCAUUAGCGCGUCCAUGCGACCGCACGAAACACAGUCGUGCCAGAUAAACGGGACACAUGAAAACAGGAAACAGCAUUCAAACUCCUUAGUCGGAAAAAUAAUAACGAGAAAACAAAACCAAACAAAUAGGCAGGAAGGAUGGGAAUGCUGGUAAAUGACAUUAAAUUUAUUAAAGUUUAAAUAAAUGGACUAAAAUCAAACCGA